AGAGAAUUUUCAAAGAAUUUCACAAUAUGUUUAAAACUCAAUUCCAAACCCAAAUACAGGUUUUUAGAACUGACAAUAGGAAGGACUACUUCAAUACAAUUCUUAGUCUUUUCUUGAAAAAACAAAUCAUUUUUCAUCAAUCCUCAUGUAUAGAACACCACAACAAAAUGGAAUCGUUGAGUGUAAGAAUAGACAUUGAUAAGAAGUGACUAGGGCUAUUAUGUUUAAGAUGGGAGUUCUUAAUACCUUUGGAGUGGGGCAAUCCUUAUGGCUUCUUACUUGAUAAAUGGAAUUCCUACUAGGAUUUUGAAAUUUCAAACCCCAUUACAGUUUUUAAAAUAUUUUCCCCAAACCAAAAUUAUUCACUAUCUCCCAUUGAAAGUCUUUGGGUGUAUAGCAUUUGUUCUUGUUCAAAGACAAAACCAUUCCAAACUUAACCCUAGGUUUGUUAAAUGUGUAUUUCUUGGUUAUUCCCCAACUCAAAAAGGAUAUAAAUGUUAUGAUCUCAUUUCUAAAAAGUAUUUUGUGAGUAUGGAUGUUACUUUCUUUGAAAACAAGCCCUACUUAUCAAAAAUUCUCUUCAAGGGGAGACAAUUAUGGGAGGAAGAUUCUUUUUGGGAAAUUUCAGGUUCAUUACCCAUGCCUAUACUAAAUUCAAAUUUAGGGGGAGAAACACUACUUGAAUCAUCCAUGCCUAUACUAAAUUCAAAUUCAGGUGAAGAAACACUACUUGGACAGCCUUGCAUCAAACUUCAUGUCUACUUAAGGAGGAAGAGAGAUCAAGGUGUGGAAAAUCAACCUCUUAUAACUCACCAAGCAUCACAUCCAAGUGUAUGUACCCUAGAAGAAAUAGGUGCUUCAUGCUUGAUAAAGCUUUUAUACAGAAUUUGACAGGAGAAUCAUGAAUUACCUAGUUGGAGCUUUCAAGCCACCAUGUAACAUUUCAAUUUCAUUUGCUGAUGGAAGGACUCGCAAACAGGUUCCAUUGAAGAAGGAAAAUGGUCAAACAGUAAAGGUUCCUCUCUUCCAAAGUCAAGAGAAUAUUGUGGGCGAGGUUGUCAUAGAACCAACACAAGGAAAGAAGGUUGAACAUACUGGUGUGAAAAUUGAGCUCCUUGGUCAGAUAGAAAUGUACUUUGACAGGGGCAACUUUUAUGAUUUCAGCUCUCUGGUGCGUGAGCUUGACGUUCCUGGUGAAUUAUAUGAAACAAAGACAUAUCCUUUUGAAUUUUCGACUGUUGAGAUGCCAUAUGAGUCAUACAAUGGAAUCAACGUAAGGCUUAGGUAUAUUUUAAAAGUGACAGUUGGUCGUAACUUUGUGAGCAAUAUAGUGGAGUACCAGGACUUUGUGGUUCACAACUACACUCCACUGCCAUCAAUUAAUAACAGCAUUAAGAUGGAAGUUGGAAUUGAGGAUUGUCUACACAUUGAAUUCGAAUACAGUAAAAGCAAGUAUCACCUGAAGGAUGUUAUCAUUGGAAAAAUUUAUUUUCUUCUUGUGAGAAUCAAGAUGAAAAACAUGGAGCUUGAGAUUAGGCGUCGAGAGUCAACAGGAUCAGGGCCUAAUACUUAUGUUGAGACUGAGACCCUCGCAAAAUUUGAAGUGAUGGACGGUGCUCCUGUCAGAGGAGAAUCAAUUCCAAUCAGGCUGUUCCUGAGUCCUUAUGAAUUGACCCCAACAUAUCGCAACAUCAACAACAAGUUCAGUGUGAAGUACUUUUUGAAUCUUGUUCUAGUGGAUGAUGAGGAUCGUCGGUAUUUCAAGCAGCAAGAAAUCACAGUAUACCGCCUUCUUGAAACCUCUUGAUUCUGCAUUCAGUUCCGAGGAGCUCAAACAUAUUCCCAUGAGAAGAAAGGAUCAGUAUGCACCUUAACUGACAACUGCAGUGGCAUACUCUGUUGGAUCCUUUCCUGUAUUCACAUGAUCUAUAAGGGAUUUAGUUCUGUUGUCCAAACCAACAGUGCUUACAUUGGCCAGCCUCCUUUUAUCAAAAGGGCAUGCUAUGUUGCAGUGCUUGUUGGACUAUCUGUUUCGUCUUUUACCUAGGGCUUGUUCAGUACUUGGAAACGGAAAUUUAAAGUGGGAUUUGAGAUUUUUUUUUUUUUCCUUUUUUCAUGACUGAGUUCUUGAAGCUUAUUCUUUUAAACAAAUUAUAUCAUACAAAUGGUCAAUUGUGAAUCGUCUUGAUGUAUGUGGAAUAUUUGACCGUCAAUUAUCAAAUGUUAUGACGUUCAUUUUCUGCAGUA